AUGCAUUCCACCACUGCUGGGUGCUUCCGGCCCGUGCUGAACAGCGUGUCGUGGAUUUCAGUGGCCGUGAAAUGUCGAUUAUUGGAACGAAAAGGCCGCGCAGACUUGAUGCUGUAUUGUUCUGGAUGGAAAGAUAUCUUCAAGCGCGCGUGUGACCAUGAAGAUGAUAGGCACCUCGCCAAGAUCAUUCGUGCGGUGGCCACUGCUGCUGAACUGACAAAACUAGAAUCAGCAAUGAUCUGCGAGAGAUACGAAUACCCCCGAAUCAUGUCGAUUGAGAUCCAACGGGUGACAGCUCGGUGGCCUCGACAUGUGGGCUUCGAUGAAGCAUGGUUUCACGUUCCUGACCGCAAGUCGCAGUCCAGUCGCAGCUGUGAAGCCACAUAA